UGUCUUGUCAUUUUGUCAUCCGCAGCUCCGCCGAUUUUGUCCGUCGCAGUGCGUUUGCGAUUACUGAAAGUGAUUUUUUCUUCUGAAAAUUCCUAUCCGAGCAUCGCAGUACGUAAAGUGUUUGCAAGGCAGUAACGUGAAAAUAUUCAACAAAGCAAUAAGUAGGAGCUGCCUGUCAAGAGUCGGUGAAUUUUUCGGGUUAAAGUUCAAGCUUCAAAUAGGAAAAGAUGUCAGAAAGCAACAAGAAACCAGAUACAGCCGCUGGACAGAGUUCCGCCGACAAGGAACUAGACGACCUACUAGACAGUGCACUAGAAGAUUUCAGUAAACAGAAAGAGGAAGGCGGAAAAUCAUCCGAAAGCACGGAUGCGCAACAUGACGAUCCCCCGACGGAGCAGUUGUGGAAUGAGGAAUUUAUCUCAUCUCAAGCCAAAAUGUUCGAGGAAAAAAUGGCAGCGCUGUUCGGUGGCGGAAAUGGAGAAGUGGACGCAGAGCAGAUCACGCUGGGAUUCCAGAGAAUUGCUGAAGCGGCUGCACUGGCAGUACGAGGAGAAGCUACCAACCCUACAACAGAGGCAGUAGAUCCUUCGAUCAGCCAGAGUAUAACCGAUGCUUUGCGAGGGUUGAGUGAAGGCCGCGAGAACCUGCAAACCCCAUUCAGUCCGGAAGACAUUGCCGGCAUGUUUGGAAACAUCGAUCUCAACGAAGGCGGCGAAAACAAUGCAUUCUUACCUUUUAUGCAAAGUAUGAUGCAGAGUUUGCUGUCGGCAGAGGUUUUACUGCCAAGUUUGAAAGAUCUUACCGAGAAAUAUCCCGAUUGGUUGGAGAAAAACGGAGAAACAAUCCCCAAAGAGGACAAAGAGCGAUACGAGAAACAGCUCAAGCUAAUGGAAGAAGUGUGUCGUGAACUGGAAAAAGAAAAACCAGAUGAUUCAGCCGAGGAGAAGCGAGUGCGCUUCCAGACGGUGCUAGAUAUGAUGCAGAAUAUGCAAGACUUGGGACAACCGCCGGCAGAUCUCGUUGGAGAUAUCGGACCUGGCAAUCUGAACUUGCCUACGAUAGACCCAGCUGCAUUCAGCGAUCCCAACCAAUGUGCCACGAGCUAAUUAGUUGGUUUCAUUUGAUAAUUAAUAUGGUUUUAGUUUCGCUCAGCGAUAUCUGUAUAAUUUGCCUCGUUUGGGAGCCUUCCAGGACAUUUUGAGCUGGAUUGGUACGGUUUUGUACGUGGAAGAGGGUAUCCUAAGGCAUUGUGUGUUAUUUUAGUUGCUUCCUGAAAGUUGCCUUUUUUUGUCUACUGAACAUAUAUCGGAGUGGAACCUGCAAUUGCCCAGUGUGAUUGACAGCAGAUGCGAAUAUUUAUACUUUUACGAAAUUAUAAGUCACAUUAAUAGCGA